CGGAAUGGAAUAUUGAAAAUAAUCAAAACAAUGAAGUACCCAACAAUCAUUACACAUCGCGCAACGCAUUAUAUAAAACGUGCAUGAACGAGAGGUUCGAUAACCAGUGAAACCAGACUUCCCUUCGAUUUCAUACCCAUUGCUUGUUUCUUCUUUUGUUUUGAAAUGUGAGGCAAACCAAUGUGAUAGAAAUCGUUUUUUUUGUUUUAUUUCUGUUACAAAUGAAAGAAAUUUAAUCAUCCUUUCCAUUAUAACUCGUGAGUAAAUUAUACAAAUUGGAAACUAAAGUGAAUAUGAUGGUAUUUUGUUAUUGUUGUUGUUAUUGUUGUCUGUCUGAGUCUGUGGUCGAGUCGGUUUGAGUGCAAAGUUUGAUCAUUCAAGUGCGUUUUCAUGUGAUUUGCAUUGAAUUGUGCGUGUAAUUGUCAGCGUCGACAAACCAAAGUGGCUUGAAUUGUUUUAAGGUCAUGUUGAUGUUCGUUAUGCUCUUGAAAACAUGAAUUUAAUCAAAAGACUUUUAUCAAAUCUGAUAAGCAAAUCAAGAUUACGAAAUAGCCGAGAAUAAAAAUGUUUUCAUAGAUCUUAGUUUGGUCUUCGUAUUUUUUUCACAUAUGUAUCGUGUUGCUCAAAGUAUUGCGAAUCACAUGAGAAACAAUUGAAAUAUUUGCUUCAGAUUCAUUUAACCUUUUGAAGGCGAGACUGUUUCGCGCAUCAAUAUUCUAUUUACAAUUUCACUUGCCAAACUAUUGUCGUCGAUACAUUUCCGUGUCUAAAUUGGUUUUAUAAUCAUCGAGUGGUGGCUGUUUCGUGUGUCGAUACAUGAGAAUAGUUCGAAAAAUUCGUGUGCAAAUAAGUGGGGGAGAUGUUGUGAAAUAGAUUGAUAUUAUUUUGUGGAAAUGAUAAUCGAGUCCGGCUAAGGAGUAUGUAUUAUAAAUUUUACGUCAUCACAAAUUAUGUGCAUGCUCAUUGGCAAUCCAUUUAAUCGACUUUAAAAAGCAAUUCAUCACACAAACAUCGUCGUCACACCAUCAACAACAGAAACAUUCAUCAAUAGUCAAAAAUCGAUCGUAGGAACACGGAAUUCACAUCGUUCGCCUGAACGCCACAACUAAUCAAAAUCAUACAGCAAAAACAUGCCUGCACCGUUGGCAACCACCGCACCACCAUCCAUUACACGGAAAGAAAUGCGACCCGUGAAAUAUCACUACGCCGACACAUUCUGGUGUACGUACAUCAUAUCAGUCGUUUCAGCGAAUAUCGCUGAAUUGGCAACAUAUCCACUCGACUUAACGAAGACUCGACUUCAAAUUCAAGGAGAGGGCAAAAAACUUAAAGCAAAUGAUCUGGCGACCACAAAUAAGGUUCAAUACAGAGGAAUGGUUGCCACCGUUUGUGGCAUCGUACGCGAAGAAGGUGCAAUGAAAUUAUGGCAAGGCGUUACGCCAGCACUGUAUCGCCAUGUCGUUUAUAGUGGUGUUCGAAUUGCUAUUUAUGAUCGAAUGAGAAAGACAUUGGAUGUGUCUGAAGAUCAUUCAGGACUGCCAUUAUGGGAAGCAGCUAUUUGCGGUGUUACUGCUGGUGGUUUAGCACAAUGGAUGGCAUCGCCGGCUGAUUUGGUAAAGGUGCACGUUCAAAUGGAAGGGAAGCGACGUUUGAUGGGCCUUAAGCCACGUGUACAUGGCUCUUCAGACGCUCUGAAACAGAUACUCAAGCGUGGCGGUGUGAAAGCGCUGUGGAAAGGCAGCAUACCAAAUGUGUAUCGAGCAGCUCUAGUCAACUUAGGCGAUUUAACCACCUACGAUUUUGCCAAACGUAACAUUAUGAAUAAGACUAAACUACCCGAUUGCCAUACGGUCCAUAUAAUGGCGUCGAUCUGCGCCGGUCUUGUUGCGGCAACGAUGGGCACACCUAUGGAUGUUGUUAAGACACGAAUAAUGAAUCAACCGACGGAUGAGAAAGGAAGGGGUAUCCUAUACAAAAAUUCAUUGGAUUGUUUCCGACAAACAAUCAACAAAGAAGGAUUUUUUGCACUAUACAAAGGUUUUCUUCCAGUCUGGAUUCGGAUGGCUCCAUGGUCUCUCACGUUUUGGUUAUCAUUCGAAUCGAUACGAAAAACUCUUGGUGCAAAUGGAUAUUAAGUCAUUGUACUAACUAAAACGAUUGUUAUAUUAUUUUUGUUAUUGUUCGCAAAGAAGUCUUCUUUUGGAAGAUUGAACUAAACGCGGCGAAUAAUUCAAUUGAGGCACAAAUUAAUGCAUAAGCAGAAAAUGUGGAUAAAAUAAAACUGUUCCAUAUAUUCCAUUAGCAAUAUAUCUGAUGGAUGCAAUGCGAUGAUUAGAUGCAGCUUACCUGGUAGAGGCUGACAAGUACAAUAAUAUUUGUAUAUAUGGGAGAUUGAUUAAUAUUGUAAAUAAGAAUAAAACGUACUCCUUAAAUAUGUGUGAAUAUUUUUAUAACAAAGAAAUAGAAAAAGCACUAAAGCAAUUUGCAAGAAAA